AUGGCCCAAAACCCAUGGUAUGUUCAAAAGUCCAAGGCACUAAGAACGAGCAAAUUGGGGAAGAUCAUCAACAAGUUCAAUCAGGAGUACGACCACUUGAUGUACAUGUCCAAAUUUAUGAACAUAAAAAAUACGCUGGACAGAAUCUACGAUAAUUCAGAACUGAUAAUAAACAAAAAAACGUUCAGCAUUGUUCGGAUAAGCUGUGUGGCCCACUUGCAACCGAGAUUCUUGAACAAUGUAAAGGACGGCCUGAGCGUCUACCUUUCAAACUUUAUGCUGAAGGCCAACCACGACGUGGAGGGAUUUACCAUAUGCUUCAACAGCAUCAAGCUGAAGGAGAAGGAGGCCAAAGUUAUCAAUGGCGACGCGUCCGUGAUGUUCUUCAAGAUAACCUUCAAUCUUCUGCUUCUCGUGCUGAAGGAGGACUACCGGAUAAAAGUCCAGAUUAACAAAAUAGAGCCCCUAAAGAUUCACCUGGACGUUUUUGGGAUCAUCGAAGCUACCUUCGCGGAGGAGCUAUUUAAGAAAUUCUCCUACAAUUCGAGAAAUAAUACCUUCAUAAAGGACAACAAGACUUAUUCCCUCAACGAUAUUAUUAACUUCACGAUAAAGAAGUAUGCUAAGGGGAGAGAGAGAAAAUAA